UGUUGUCUAAUCAUUUAAGACGUGGACUCGUAACCAUGACUUUCCAAACCCUUAGAUAAAAUAUAUAUGUAAACAUUUAUUUGGACAACAAAAGAACAUUGAUUUCUACCAACGUGAAUCGAAUUGGAGCCAUACUAUUAAAAUCAACGCCAAUUGUAGACUGCCGCCACAAACAUAAGUGUCUUAAAAUUGAAUUGAAUCGAAUCGAAUCAAUUUGAAAAGAAUUGAAUCUUCAUUCAUGGCCGGAGCCACGAAGAAGUAUGCAGUUGUCACCGGGGCGAACAAGGGCAUCGGUUUGGAGAUAUGUCGUCAGCUGGCGUCUCAGGACAUCACAGUGGUGCUGACAUCUCGGGACAAAAACAGAGGCCUUCAAGCUGUCGAGAAACUUGCCACAUCUGGUCUUUCCGAUCUUGUGAUUUUUCACCGACUAGAUGUGGCCGAGGAUGAUUCAGUAACUGCCCUGUCUGAAUUCAUCGAGUCCCAAUUCGGAAAGCUCGAUAUCUUGAUUAACAAUGCAGCAGUCCUCGGGUCCGACGUCAAGUGGGAGGAUCUAGACCCGGCCAGGGCUACGACUGUGGCUGCUAAUCUUGCCAUGGGCAAAGUUCACGUAGAUUGGAGUGGCAUUGCAAAAGACACCUACCUCUUAGCGGCGCAAGCGAUUCAAACAAACUACUAUGGCUACAAAAGGACAACAAAAGCUCUUCUUCCACUUCUCCGCCUCUCAAACUCGCCAAGAAUCGUAAACGUAUCAUCUUCAGCGGGGAGUCUUGAGUACAUAGGGAGCGAAUGGGCAAAAGGGAUCUUGAGCGACGACGAAAACUUGACGGAAGAGAGAAUCGACAAAGUUGUGAGUGAGUUCCUUGAAGAUUUCAAAGAAGGGAGAGUUGAAGCCAAAGGUUGGCCUAAUUAUAUUGGUGCAUACGUAGUCUCUAAAGCGGCCAUAAAUGCCUACACAAAGCUUCUUGCUAAGCAAUACCCGACCUUGCGGGUAAACUCCGUGUGCCCGGGUUAUGUGAAAACUGAUAUUAACAAAAACACGGGGACAAUGUCGCUUGAAGAAGGCGCCGCCGGCCCUGUGAAGCUCGCAUUGCUGCCGGAUGAUGGCCCUUCCGGCUGCUUCUUUGUCCAAAAGGAUCUCGCCGAGCUCUAAGGCCAUAUAUACUACGUUGGACUAUGUCGAAAUCAUUUAUGUGUUGUUUGUUGUAUUAUCAUAACCAUUUUGACGAAUCCUAUAUGGGUAAAUAAAUUGGUAUGGAUUGAACUUGUAAUAGCAAGGUUAUAGAUUCAAUAGGCUUUCUUGGUCCGGCCUAAAAUAAAAAUAUCAUUUUUUCAUAAAUUACAAACAUAUAUAGAACUAUACGUACAAUUAUUUUAUACAUAAAAUUAAAUUACAAAAAUAUCAAAAUAUUU